AUGGCAAAGCUUUCUCUCAUCGCCACCGUGGCCGUCCUCCUCUCCACUGCAGUAGCGCGCCAGGCGGCAGUUCCAGAGGCGUGCUGCUUCGCAGUCCACAGCGGAUGUCUCUCCGACGGCGCUGCGGGCUGUGUUGACUACGGAGGCAACCAGUACUGUGUGCAGCAAAAUAAUGACAAUGAUUGCAAAGUGGCAUGCCGAAAACUACUUGGACAGCCUUCAACUGCCAAUAACUUCUUCCUUUAUACAGUCUACAGAGGAUCAAAUCCUACUUGCUUUUGCACCCAGUGGGAUGCAAGCCAGGAAACCGACAGUUGCUAGUGUUUGUCGCUUCCACAAUCAAAGCAAGACUGGGUCGUAUAGCAUUGUAAAAGCAGGCGGUCACUGGCCUAUCUAGCUGUGUUUAUUCAAGUAUAAGUAUAAUGAUAAUAAACUACGACACAUCUCUAU